CAAUUUGGAACUAUCCUCUAUCCUUAUGUGAAACAUCAUGCUGUGAAAGCAGUGUGCGGCAUUUGGUUCUUCUGAUUGCAUGUGAUCAACGGAGGUUUCUACAACGAAUAUGUAAUUUGCAUCACUCUACGGACCAUCCUAUUACAUUCCACCAUUUCUUUGGAGUGUUAUAUCGACUAGUAGAAACUAUCUAAACUCAGAAUGGCAAGUUUAAUAACACCAGACUGCAGAAUUAGAGUGAGCUCCGUACUCAACAAGGACGCCAAACAGUUCGGAAAGAAGCACCUCACAGACGGGGUUGAUGACACAUGUUGGAACUCUGAUCAGGGCACACCACAAUGGAUACACAUAGAGUUUCCAUCUCCUGUGCUACCUACGGAGCUUCAAAUGCAGUUUCAGGGUGGAUUUGUGGGCAAAGACGUCCAUUUGGAGUCGGUGGAUUCAACAGUUUCAAACAGCUUUGUCCGAGUUUGUGAUAUCUACCCCAGUGAUGACAACUCUACUCAAAGUUUUCCAGUGAAACUGCAAAAUCCAGUGGUGGCACUACGAAUUCUGUUUGGGUCGAGCACCGACAUGUUCGGAAGAAUUGUGUUGUAUAAGCUAGAUUGCCUAGGAUGAUAUCUGUGAAUGUUGUUAUAAUCUUAAUUAAAAUGUAUGUUUAGAUAGUGAUGUUUAUACUGUGUUGAGCAUGUAAUAAAAUAACCUCUCCUUCCAGUUUA